GUUUUGAGAUGAUUUUGGUGUUUAUUUAAAUGGCCUCAUACAGACAUGAGAUGCAGUGACGUCAAUGUGAGGUCAGGCUGACAGAUGAGGACUCUGUAUGGAUGAGUUACAACUAUCAGGUAUGAGAAUGGUUAAACAUUUCUCUCAUACUGUACAUUCUUUCCACCAUCAAAAAGUUUUUAGACUUCCCUUGAGUUUCCCUAUAAGCUGAAGCAACUUCAGGGGCUUAACUGCAGUGAUGCUUGUUACAAAAUGAUGAGAGAAUAAUGAAUCUAAUGAAUUUAACCCAGAUAGUUUUCAGAUGAGUUCGAUAAACUCUGAUUUAAAACAUCUUCGGUAGAAAACCUUGAAAAAGCAACGGCGGGAGGAACAGCUAAGAGGAUGAAAAGCUCCGCCCUGUUACUAUGUUACGGCCAAGUGGCUGAAGCUUUCUCCAUCCAUAUGUUAUCUGUAUGAGUCAACAAAGAGUGCUUCAGAUAAGACCGACGGGUGAGUCAAGUCGUACAGAGCACCCAUCGAUUUAUAGGAGCCUAAUGGAUGAGCAACACAGAGAGGUUUUUCUGUUCUGGAUAUCAGGAAGCUGCUGGAGGAAAUAGUCAACACAUCAUAACCACACAUCAGUGUCUCCUCCAAAACUCAAAUACAAAAUGGCGUCAUCAGUACUGAUUACAAACCUCACACAGGAGUGGGUUGAGAGUCUGCGGCGGUGGCACCUAGAACUGUUCUUCAUCCCUACCACAGUCGUCACUCUGGCCACCAUGCUCGCCAACCCCGUUCUCCUGACCUGCAUCUUUCUGUCCCGUGCCUUGCGCCAGGAGACACGUUACCUGCUGGUGGCCAACACCCUGACAGCAGACAUGCUGUUUCUCAUCCUCAACCUGGCAACAGUGAUCUGCAACGCAGUGAAAGUACACAUACCCUGGCUCGUCUGUGAGCUGGUCACAGCCGUCACGAUCACCGCCUACUGCUGCGCCAUCCUCACCGUCACCCUCAUGGUGGUCGACACCUACGCCGCCGUCCGCUGGCCUCUCCACUACCGUGACAUUCUUCCGCCAGCCCGCACCCACCGCAUACUGGCUGGAGUGUGGCUGCUGGCAGCUGUGUACCCUUUCACCCUGGUGAUCACGAUGGAGAGGGUAAAUCCCCAUGAGAAAGUUCCUGUCUGUCUGGUGCUGGUCUCCCUCGGCUUCAUUCAGGCUCACAACAUGGUGGGGACCCAUAUCUACUUCUUUGUCGCCGCACUCAUCUGCACUAUACUCAUUUUUUACUGCUAUAUUCGACUCUACAUGGUAACAAGGACGCAAGGCAUCUGGCAGAGCCGUUUCUCCAGGGCCCGGGUCACCCUGCUGGCCCAUGGGAUUCUGCUCCUGCUCUACUUUGUCCCUGGCUUUGUUUUCACACUGGAGCUCUUCCUGUUCCAUAGGGAAGACAUAAGUCAAGAUGUCCGUGUGUGGGUCAGCACAGUCAAUAUGUGUGUUUUCAUGUUACUGCCCAGGGCGUUUGCUCCUUACCUGUAUGGGCUGAGGUACAGGGAGCUCUCUGAUACUCUAAUGCAGCUGCUGCAUCGGCACAGAAGACUCAGCCAGACCACAAUAUCAUAGAUGACUCUUCACAACUGUAUGUUAUGCAUACUUACUACAUUUCUGUAAUGGCAGUAACUUGCAAUCUACAUACUUUCUAAGUAGCCCUUCAAGAUAGAUAUUUUUUGACCAGCCACCAAAAGUUUUUUGUUUUUUUUUCACAUUUUCUAUAUUGAUUUAAAAUAUAUUGUUUGCAAAUGCAUUUGUCUAAAUGUUGUUUCAUAACUGUCUCCACAGUGCCAAGAAUCUCUGGUGGAAAAAGCACUAAAAUAACUUUAUUUUAUCGCAUCUUGUAGGCCUAAGGAAGUCAAAUUCAAAAAUAGUGACUCUAAAAUACCAUGUGUAAUUUGUGUGCAAUUAUAGAACAUAAACUCCUCCUCAGGUUGUUAAAAGCCCAAAGUUCUCAGAAACAAUAGUGAGGACAUGUCUUCGGUUUCCUCACUGGUAGGCCUCCUUGCUGCUUUGUCCAUGUUUUAUCUUAUUUGGUGUUUUCUUUAUCUCACCUUCCUUAUUCUUGUCUUGUUAAUGGCUACACUGAAAUGUAAAUUAGUAAUUCAACAUCCCUGCCAACUGUAGUGUUUGCUCUUAUGUGUUUAAAACACUUAAUUUUUUUUUUUGAAUUGUGAAUAUUUCUUUUUCUGUUUUGUCUAGGAUUGAAACCUUUUACUGCUGUGUUGGUCCAAAUGAAAGUGUAAGGUUUUUAUCUAAUUUCUGAGGGAAAUUAGAUAAAAAAGAAUGCUUUUUUAGCUAAGUUAUACAAACCAAAUAUGUAUUCUGUCAUCAUUAUGUAAAGUAAAAGCCACA